AUGGCUCUACAACAAAUGGAUCAAGAGGUUUCAUUGCAAAAUGAACAAGAAGAAACUCCAUUUUCUCAACUAAGCAAACAAGACUCAAUACUCUCACUCACCCUUGAUGAGUUCCAAUGCAAGAGUGGAAAGAGCUUUGGUUCCCUCAACAUGGAAGAAUUCCUAGCCAGUAUUUGCAGUUCCAGUGAUGAAGCUACUCAAUCUCACAAGAAUACUAAGAGUGUUGUACCAGAAGAAGAACAACAUGGUAACUUAUUCUCCAUCCCUCCGCCAAUUUGCAAGAAAACUGUGGAUGAAGUUUGGUCUGAGAUUCAUAAAAACCAACCACAAUUCAAAGAAGAAAAUAGCCUAAAGAGAAACGAGACACUCAAGAAGCAACAAACACUUGGAGAAAUGACUUUGGAGGAUUUCUUUGUGAAAGCUGGUGUAGUACAACAACAAUCAUCAUCGUUGUCAUUUCAGAAUCACAGUGGCAGUGUUUCAAGUAAUAUGAGACCAUUGAGUGUUGCAAGUUAUGGUUUGAGGCCUUCAAUUGGAAUGGGAUAUUCUAGAAAUGGUCUUGUACCAUACCAAAUGUUGUCACAGAAUAACAACUCAGGAGCGCAGGACCGCGCAUUCGGGAAAUGUCAAAACUUGCCUGAAUCAAGUGGAUGUAAUAAUAGCAAGAGGAUAAUUGAUGGUCCUCCCGAGGUUGUAGUGGAGCGAAGGCAACGUAGAAUGUUGAAAAAUCGAGAGUCGGCUGCUCGUUCUCGAGCAAGAAGACAGGCAUAUACUGUGGAGCUAGAGGCAGAGCUGAAUCACCUAAAAGAAGAGAAUGAAAAGCUAAAACAAAUUCUGGCUGAGGCAGAGAGCAAGAGGAAACAAGAGCUUUUACAGAGAAAGAAUUCAACAAAGGGUCAAAAGGGAACAGAAAAAUUGAGAGGAAUAAGAAGGCCUAUAAGUACAACCUGGUGA